CCCCGCUACAGUUCCGUCUCUUCCGGUUGUGACUCUUUGCGCCAAGAAGCAAAGUUAAUCAAAAUGGCAAAGUCGAAGAACCAUACAACCCACAACCAGUCGCGCAAAGCGCACAGGAACGGGAUAAAGAAGCCCAGGUCUCACCGCUACGAGUCUCUGAAAGGCGUGGACCCAAAGUUCUUGAGGAAUAUGCGCUUUGCCAAGAAACACAACAGGAAAGGCAUGAAGACGGCCGUGGCAAAGUAAACUCCCAAACAAACAGCCGGAGUCUCCCAGAACUGCCUCAUUUCCCCCUCAUUUCCCUCUCCCCUGUGGACUGUGUCACCAUCUCACCCAUGUUCUGCACCUGAAUAAAGCCAUGAUCUGUGUCACCAUCUCACUCA